AUGGGGCGAAGUAAGAGGAGUGUCGACCCAUUCUGGUUCAUUACUGAAGACGAGAUACACGCGGAUGACAACUUUGAGAAACAUAGUAGAGAUAAUGAGAUUAUCGGUGUCGAUGCGGUGGAAUAUGAAGCCGAUUACCAGGACGAGGUAGCCCAUCGAAUCCGGCGAGAAGUUCCAUCAUCUGUAGACCAGACCUCGAUUGAUCCCAACUACCUUCCCGAAUGGCUGAAUUCCCUCCCGCCCGACUAUAACCCCUUACAUAAGGUAACCCAAUUCUUUGCUGACCUCUUCCAUCAGCCGGGAAUUCGAGCCAUACGCGACAUUCAAAAUCAUUUACGGGAGGCAGGAGUUAGCAUAUAUGAGCGAGUAGGAUCUGUUGUGGCCUUUGGUCAUACUAUGUCCAGUGUGUUUGCCAGCUUGAAUACUCGUGUCACCGACGUACAGAGGGAGAAUGACGCCCAAGUUAAGCUAAUAGAUGCAGAAAGAACGGCCAUGAACCAAUUACAUAAAAAAACUUUGGAGGCUGGGGCAGGUUUUAAUCAGCGUAUGGAUUUUGUGGAGAAAGGCAUGGAUAAGAUAUUAACCAAAAUAGACCCGGCCUUGGAAAAGGUGAGACUUGGUCUGAUGGACGUGCGGCGAGUCGAGACAGCCUGGGUAAGCGGAAUUCAGCGCUUACUUGAAGGUUAUCUACCUCCCGAACUGGUCACCACGGAAAUGAUUGAGGAACUAGUGAACCAUAUCAAUGAUCACAUUCUCACCCAAUCAGCCUAUUCCAAUUAUCGACUAUUGAGUCAAACGCCAAGCUUUUAUUACCAACUCAAAGACAUUAUUUAUGGCCGAACGGAAAGAUUCAUACAUAUUACUGUUCGGGUCCCACUAUAUCGCAUGACUGGACUAGUCCCUGUCUAUAGACUCGACGUCUUCCCCGUUUCGGUACAGAGUGGUAUGGUGUUUGAUCCAUCAAAAGAUGGUGGUUACACCAUUUUACAUAAUUACCCCGCCUACCUCGCUAUAACAGAUGACCUCACCUUUUAUACCCAUUUGUCCCUCCCCCAAUACUUGUCCUGUAGGGCAAUGGGUUCGUCUGGUAUUAAACUUUGUUACUACGGCUUACCCAUAUUACAGCACAAACGACAUAGAAACAGCUGUGCCUAUGCCUUGUUUGCGGACGACCAUCCUGAGAUACGUGAAACGUGCGAGUUCCGCUACACUAAGAAACACCCUUUUCCUUCGGCCGUACAGAUUUCCGAUACUGGUGUUUUUCGAAUGCAUUCUGGGACAAAUAAGCACCUCACGUGGGAUUUGACGUGCAAUUCAAAGAAAUUGCCCCUGCAGCACAUCAGGGCUUGUAAUUGUGAUAAGGAGAUCCCGUGUGGGUGUACCUUAGAGGCUAAACAUUUCUACCUUGGCCGCCGUAUGACGGGAUGCUCCAAUGAAAUCUCUGGUGGUGUCCCGCAUGUUUCACAGUAUAAUUACCGGAAUUUUGUGGCCAUUCAGACAUGGGACCCACAAAAAGACUUGGAUUUAGCCAAUUCGUUUGCCACGUUAACCAAUCGUUACUAUGGGAACAGUUACAAGUUUUCUCCCAUCGAAUAUCAUCCGGAUAAUUUUUCAAGGUAUGUAGAGGAAUCCCACAAAUAUUCCACGCGAUUGGUUAAGGCCGUACAACUAGCUAAACAACAAACUAAAGUAUUUGCUCACCGAGACCAAGAAUUACUGGCUAAAGUGCGUGAUUUUUCGAAUGAUGUCAUCAUGAAGAGCGGCAGUGUCUCUGCAGCGCUAGGAGAUGUUGUCUCUGGUAUCUUUGGAAACAAUAUAGGUCUGAUCAUAUCGGCCAUCUUUGCCCCCUUUGGUAUGUCACUCAUCGCAUUCCUUCUGUCUAUUUUCAUGUUCUUACCCAUAUGUGUGCGGUAUAUCAUGAGACGACACCGUGUGGCGAAGGAAAAGAAGUUGGUUGAAGAUGACGAGGUCGAGCUAUACUCGUUACUCAAUAACACUGCAAAAUACUUGUGUGAUUCGUGCAUCGAAGCAUGCGACGGUGUUAGCAGAAAGGGUGCCUACGGUAAAAUGCACACCAAAUUUUGGGAGUUUUAA